AUGCGCCGCAUAGGAUCCGGACGGGUGUAUGCCUUGAUGUUUGGCACCCUUCUCACUGCUCUUGUGGUGAUCAUCACACACCAUGUCUUCCUUCUCAUCCUCGACGGGAGGGGUGUGGACACAGUCGUUAUCCCACAGACGUGGGUGCGGGACGUCGGGAAUGCUUUAGCUCGCCUGGUGCAGCUAUUCCUCGAAACAUCCGUUGGAGUUGCCCUCACUCAAAGUAUUUGGUUCUAUGUAUUGCGAUCUGCGGUCGACCUUCCUGAGCUCGACGCUCUGUUCUCUCUCCCUUCUCUUCUGAGCCUCCCGUCUCUUUCGCUCCGGUUGAGCACUUUGUACGUGCUGCUUCUUGUGAUCAACGUGCAGGCGUUCUCGCUCGUUUCAAUCCUGGCACCGAAUGCUCUGUCCGUCGUACCAGCUCAUCGGGAAUCGUCGACUCUAAGCAUCCCCUUCCCCGCCCUAGACAUGAUUCCCAUCACACAGAGUGUCAUACCCGACGUGGUGUCUCACCCUUGCUCUGGCCCGUCCAAUGACCCGCGUAUCAAGUGCGGCAUUGAGCUCGUCUACGCGUCACCAUCUACCGGCAUACAGAAGCUGGUCGAAGCCGUAUUGAGUAGCAGCGCUGCACUUCCUUGGAGUGCACCUGCGGGAUGUGGAAUAGCGUGCAAUUACACGCUCACGUAUGAUGGACCUGCGUUGAGAUGCUCGGAUAUUCCGCAAUCCUCUAUCGAUAUCCCUCAAUCAGAUGAUGAUGACCCCACUUUACACAAUGCCGACGCAGAGCCGGGCGCGUACAUCCAAACCGGAACCGUCUACAAUGCAACUACAACUAUGGGAUAUAUUCAGACUCUUGAUGACGAUAGAGCGGGUCCGGUGUUUGUUCCAACGGCUACGAACAGCCCGUACACACUUACCCUGGCUUAUGCAACGAACCCAUUCUCGAAUAACUUCCAGCCUACUUACGACGCUCACGGGUCAUACUGCGUAUUCGUGAAUGCCACAUACAGUGCUUCAGUCAGUUUCAUGAACGGGUCACAGACGGUUUCUGCACGGGUUCAGCGAUAUCACGAGCCCUACCAGUCACUCCUAACUGGAUUUUCUGCCAAUUCUACCGAUGACCCCAGCAUUCGAUCUUCGUAUGCCACUCUCGGCCUGAUAGAUUCGCUGUCCAGAUACCUUGCGGGAAGCGUGACCUACUUCAAGGGCUACAACCUUGUCACAUCGUCCACUCAAAUCCUUGAGUCGGCCCUAUUCACAGUCAACUGGACUUACUCGCCCGAGCACCUGAGUAAUCACUCUAUCUCUAUCUCGCCUGCUCUCGGAAGGAACGUCAGCGAGGCGUUGCAAGACAUAUGUACCAAUCUAACCCUCUCCCUGAUGUCUGACACUGCCGACUUGAACAUUAGGAAGCCGGCGAUGGCUACAGUCCUCCCAGACACAAACAUUUACGAAUACAACGCAUCUAGGCUAUGGCUUGUAUAUGGGAUAGCUCUCGCUGCAGCGCUUGUGGCGGACUUAUUCGGAUUGAUGUGUAUGCGCUUGAACGGGGGCGCUAUGCAGCGCACGUUCUCAACCAUCGCAGCAUCUACGCGUGGUCGCGAGCUCGAUGAGCUAUUGAGCGGGCCCGAUCAACCUUUGCCCGCCGCUGCGAAGGUCGCUAAGCUGCGAUAUCGCGGUGGUAUGUCCAAUGAAGGCGAGAGGUCAGGUUUCAGGGUCAUCGGAGACCAGGCUCAUGGUGAAAUCGAGAUGGUCGACACGGCUACAUUGAAUGGCGAGUGUCCCUAG